AUGCCCGCCAGGAACAAGGAACAGGAGCAGGAAGUCCUCACUUGGAUCAGCCAAGUGUUGGGCGAGCCCCUGCCCAACGGCGAUUAUGAGGACAUCCUGAAGAACGGCGUGGUGCUUUGCAAGCUCAUCAACAAACUGUCGCCGGGAUCCGUGAAAAAGAUCCAAGAGAAGGGUACCAACUUCCAGCUAAUGGAAAACAUCCAAAGAUUCCAGGCCGCCAUUAAGAAGUAUGGAGUGCCGGAGGAGGAAAUUUUCCAGACAGCCGAUCUUUUCGAGAGGCGCAACAUUCCCCAAGUAACAUUAUGUCUUUACGCGUUAGGAAGAAUUACACAGAAGCAUCCGGAAUGGACCGGGCCGCAGCUUGGACCCAAGAUGGCGGACAAGAACGAGCGCACAUUCACUGAGGAACAGCUGAGAGCGCACAACGCCGAACUUAACCUACAAAUGGGCUACAAUAAAGGCGCGUCACAAGCCGGUCUCGGUUCUUUUGGCAACACUCGCCACAUG